AUGGAAACCCCACAAGAUCACCAGUCUGAACGACUAACUUCAACCCCUACGACACCUCUACUCUUCACGUUUCCCGCCGAGAUACGUUUGAAGAUAUUUGGCUUCUGCGUCCCCCGAAAAUGUGCAAUCAAAGUGACAAGCGCGAUGUACCGGCCCUACGGGGUCGAACCUGUAGUUUCCACGCGUGACCCGUCCUUCUACCACGACAAGUUCUCCAACACCAGCCCUCUCUGGACUAACAUUUUACAUGUUUCGAAACAAAUGAGCGAUGAAUGCUUGGACAUCCUGUAUGGCGAGAGCUUGUUCGAAGUCUACCUGAACAGAGGAGCUGAAGCUACGCUGAAGAAAACAUUCAGCAAAGAGAAUCUCCAGCGAAUCCGAUUCAUUCUCGCCAUCGCCCCCGGCCCAUGUUUUAGCGGCGAACUGAACCCACCCGAUAUUCCUUUCUGGGCCAUGACGAUCCCAAACCUGAAGUUGUUUGAAUGGGUGACCCAACCGGACAAACGAGCCGAGCAGCACAUGAGCGAUCUCGUGAUGAAGCAAGGGUUGGAGGGCUGGAUGGAGUGGACGGACGCAUACUUGGACUGCUUUGGCGAAUUUCUGGUGGAUGGGGUGGAGUUCAAAAUGAGACUUGACAAAGGAGAUGGUGAAUAUAGGCAGAUUGGGAGACUUGCUUUCCGGCGAGGACCUUUCUUCAAGAAGGAUGGGCAGCAGAAAUGA